AUGGCGGCCACCGACACGACUAUGCAGACAUUUUUCCAGUCCCCUAAAUUUGCAGUUGUUGGCGCAAGCACUAAUACAGCCAAGUUUGGAUACAAGGUGUUCAAGUGGUACAUUGACCGGCGUCUUCCCGUCACACCCGUCAAUCCGAGCGCCAAAGCCAUCCAGGUUGGCGAUGAGGAGUACCCCACUGUCGGUUCCCUCUCACAGCUGGAUAGCCCCAAAGACACCGCCAUCUCUAUCAUCACCCCACCGCCGGUCACCUUGAAGACGCUCCAGGAGGCAAAGAAGCUGGGAAUCCCGUCCGUUUUUCUUCAGCCUGGAACAUUUGACGAUGCUGUCUUGAAUUUCGCCCGUGAGAAUUUCAAGGCGGUCGUCGCCGGGGAAGGCGGCUGGGGUGGCGAGGGUUGGUGUGUGUUGGUCGAUGGAGAUCGCGGACUGCGUUCGGCUGGGAAGCUGUGA